CGCUGAGUCAGCAAAAACGGGGAAACUGCUGACGCGCAGCAGUCGUGCAGAUGGAUAUGACACAGCUCGAGGUGGUGGUGGGCGGCGUGUUUGGUGUGGCGUGUGUGUUGGUUGGCGUGCUGGCGACAGCAUGGCGCAUGCGCAUCGACGCGGCGCAGCCGCUGCUGGCGUGGGGGAAGCUCAGGCACACAGGGAACCAAAGGCCAAAGGCAGCAGCCAGAGAUGGCGGCGGCAACCGAUCCGUUGACGUGUUGGCAUGGCUACAACAGCUCACCGUCCCAAAGAGGUGGUUUGCACACUUUUAUGUGUUUGGAUUGGCGUUGCAGUUGCUCGUCUUUGCCCUCCGCGGCACUUCCGCCAUCAAUUGGAUGUCUGGGUUGAUGACGGUGCAGUUGGCCAGGCGAACGUGGGAGUGCUUGUUUGUGCAUCGCAAGUCAGCCAGUCGCAUGCACGUGCUCCACUACAUCACGGGCAUGGUGUUUUACCCCCUCGCCAUCACCCUCUGGCAGAUUGUUCCCGCAACCAGUUCUCUUCCCAUCAUCGCUGCUGCCCUCGCGUUGUUCAUUCUUGGAAGCACCGCCCAAGCGUUAGCACACAUCCAGCUGCGUCGCCUGGCAGACGGUGCGAAGAAGGAUGGCGAGCUGUACCCGUGUCCGCGUGGCGGCAUGUUUGCGUACGUGGCUUGCCCACACUACACAGCAGAGGUGGUCAUCUACACGGCAUUGGCUGUGCUGGCGCAAGGGCGAUGGAAUGUGGUGCUGUGUGCAAUAUUUGUGGCGUGCAACCUGUCGCUGGCAGCGAUGAUGACACAUGAAUGGUAUCGGCGCCACUGCAGCAGCGCCUACAGCACGCCCCACGCCAUCAUCCCAUCUGUGUUGUGAUGUCCGCAACGCACGCAGCAAAGGUUUACGAAGAGCAAGGACAUGGGUGGUGCUCAUGCGCUUGUGUGCAGUCACCAACCCCCUGCCCUUGCUGCCCUUGCUGUUGCCGCUCAGUGAUUGUGAUGGAAAGUGAAUGACGCUUGCGUACCGUGAGUGAAGCAAGGCAAGCCAG